AUGGAAGGGAAAGAGAAAGAAGAAGCGAAGAAGAGGAUAAUGAUGCUGAAUAAGAUCAAACUCAAGGAGACAGCACAAGAGAUAAGCCAAGAAGACGUCAAGAGACAAGAAGCUUACAACAUGUCUCCACGUGCACGUGGCGGUGGUGGCCCGGCGGGUAUGGUGAAGUCAGCAAGCGUGAGGCAAAGCUGUUUAUGCGCACCAACCACACACCCUGGCUCUUUCAGGUGCCGUUACCACCGUCGUAACGCCGGACUCGGAAUGACACGUGGCAUAUCCGUUCCCUCUAACCUUUCCAUGUUGGCUGGAGGAGGGGGAGGCUCUGAUUCUACCUCUGGCUCUCCCAAGUCCUGA